AUGGAAUCCCCAGCCGUCUCUUGCCAUCAACGGCUCACUGCUCUAGACACUCUCGUCCCCCCCGCCUACAUACGCUUCCUCGUCCUCUUCAACGCACCUGACGUCACCUCUGCUCUUGCUCAUCUCGAAGCAGGCAUUCAGCGCCUAGUAUCAGAAUGUCCAUUUCUGGCAGGCUAUGUAUUCACAGGGCCAAUUCCUGGGGAUCCGAACAGUGGCUGCCAUAUCAUACCACCCCGCGAAAGCGAUGCUGACUUGAUCAUCACGACUGUGAAGAGAGUAUCAGAGUCAUACCGAAAAGUCUACCCCGAGCACCAAGCCCACGCGGGGCUGGAUGUGACCCAUUUUCCGCUGAAGCCCAUUGCAGAUAUUGUCAACCCGAGUCCCAUCUUCCGCUUGCAGAUCAACCUAUUCAACGAUGGGGUGGGUCUUGGAUUCGCCUUGCAUCACAACGUCAUGGAUGCAAUAGGGGCUGGUACCGUGGUGAAGGCACUUGGUUCAUGCUGCUGUCGCACCGACUCUGGCACAGAACUUGGGCUAGAUUUGAAUACCCUCACUCCGCUGCAGUACAGCGCGAGGGCAUCUCUCAACAAGCUCACCCCAGUGGCUCGUGAUUCCGAGCUUGAUCGCUCGCGAUACGGCCUCCAGCCUCACCCAGGGUCUAUCAUGUUUGACCAGUCCGGGUUUGGGUUGCUUCCUCCAGCAUCACGAUUCCGCCUCUCGGCCACCAAGAUCCAAGAUCUCAAAACCCACCUCAACAACGUCAUCGCCCGAUCGGAGUCUCUGCAGAAGCAGUUCGGCCCAACAAGCUGGAUCAGCAAUAACGAUACCCUAGUCGCAUUGAUAUGGCUUUGUUACAACCGGGCAAAGCGCCGCUCGGAACCGCCAUCGUCUACGCAGCCAUUCGCCAUAAACCCCGGAAUCUGCAUGCCAGCAAAUAUCCGACCACGCGUCCAUCCCCCGCUGCCCUCCACUUUCCUAGGGAAUGCCGCUGUGCCGGUAAAACCAGCUAUGGAUGCACAGCCUCUCCUUUCUGCUAUCGGCAAUGGCUCAUUACUCACGGACGAAGUGGUUCCUGAACGUAUUCGCGACGAUGCACUCUGCCAGGUGGCACUAGCUGUCCGACAAGCUGUGAGCCGGGUCAACAAUGACUACGCACGAGACAUCACAUCCCUGAUGCAGAAUCCGCAAGUCCCUCUGAUCUACGAGUACAACCACGAUACGAACAUAUCCAGCUGGAGAGACUCUGCGAUGUACGAGGCGUAUUUCGGGGAAGAGCUGGGCUUCCCGUUGGAUGUGUGUCUCGAUGUGCCUGCCAUGGGAUACUUCACGUUGGCGCCGAAGCGACGAGCGCCGGAUGAUUCCUGGGAGGUUCUUGCUGUGCUUAGCCCGGCAAUAGCCGGUUGUCUGCGGGAUGAUGACAUCUGGAGCAGUGUCCUUUCGGAUUCGCCGCCAGCUGGGGAAUAG